AUGCUCACCACCAACUCCUCGAUUGAUCGGAAGUGCUCUGGAUGCAAGAAGAUCCUCCAAACAUCGUGCGAGGAGAACAAAAGCGUCCCAGAAUACUUACAGACAAAUGAUGGUCGUGCAUGGCAUGCUGACUGUCUUCUCUGUUCCUGGUGCAAAUGUCCUCUCUACGAUGAUAGGAACGUUGCCUCUUCAAAAUGCUACACAAGAGGUGGUCGAGUUUACUGCCCACGAGACUAUUUCAGAUUUUCACCAAUGCUUUGUGAAUUCAAACUGCCUCCAAAGUGUAUGAGUUGCCAACAGCCGAUAAGACCUGGUGAAAAGGUUAUUCAUAGUCCACUUCACACCUUCCAUGCUCUUUGUUUCUCCUGUGAUGUCUGUGGGAAAGAUCUACUUCCUGGACAGCCCUACACUCUCCUCGAAGGCUAUCCAAUUUGUUUGGAGGACGAUACUCGAAUUAGGCAAGUUGAAAAAGCUGAAAGUUGCCUGAAUCUCCCAUUUCUGCCUUCCACUCAGAGAUUCAUCCGGCGCAAGCGCAUUCGAACGUCUUUUAAUGAACAACAACAAUUGUCCAUGCAAACCUUCUUUGCUCAAAAUCAAAAUCCCAACGCUAAUGAUCUCAUGAGCUUGUCUGAAGAGACUGGUCUUGCCAAGCGUGUCCUUCAGGUUUGGUUUCAAAAUGCUCGAGCCAAGUUAAGACGAACAACUGGAGGGUCGGAUAAGAAUACGACAAAUUCAUCCGUGGAGGACUGUGAAUAA